AUGGCUGCGGCGGAUCCGCCGGCUGGCCUCGUGGACAUCGCCAGCGCGCUGUCCCAGGAUGAGAUCCCAUUCAAGCUGCGGUGUGCCAUCUGCAACAAGCUGGCGUUCAAUGCCUUCCGCCUGCCUUGCUGUGACCAGUCAAUUUGUGAGACCUGCCAAGCAUCCCUCCCCGAUACCUGCCCCGUAUGUGCACACACUCCGGUCUCUCCAGAUCUUUGCAAGGCCAACAAAGCUCUGCGCACCACCCUCAAGGCCUUUUUGCGGACGGAGGAGAAGAAGCGCGAGAAGGGCCGACAGUCGGCUGCACCCCCAACCCCGGUGAUUACCACCCCCGCGGAAAAUGGGACAACUUCCACAGAGACCACCGCCGAUCAGAAGCAGGCCGAAGCGACUCCGGCUGAGGCUCCAGUGGGUUCUCUUCCGGCUGAGACCGAGACUGAUGAGGCUACAAAUGAAGCUCCGCCCGUGGAUGCGGCAUCAGGCAGCAUAGCGGACAACCGUGUGCCUGAAUUGGCCGAGAUUAAGGCUGAGGUAAGACUCUCUAUCAUUCCUUCAAGGUACGGUUCAGGCUCUAAUCUUGCGCAGUCCGAAACCAAUGGUGAUCAGGCUCCCGGCACGACCACUGCUCCGAGCACCGGCGCAGACGCCCAGCUUAUAACUGGCGAGGUAUUGGCGGACGAUGAAUCUGCUCUGCAUGACCCGUCUCACCAACCUGGCUCCAACAUGAUAAACAUGGGCCCUGGAGGCUUCCCUGGCACUGGCUGGAAUGGGAACAACAACUUCAAUGCGAUGAACCCGUUUAUGGGGAAUUCCAUGUUUAAUUUCCCCAACGCAAUGGGCAUGCCCAUGACGAUGGAUCCAAUGGCCGCAAAUCAGGGGAUGUUCGGAGAUUACGGAAUGAACAUGACUGGUAUGGGCAUGAACAUGGGGAUGAACUUCAACGGGCAGGGCAUGUAUGGAUCCUUAGGAUGGGAUGGCUCCCAACAGAACUUGUGGCAAGGCGGCCAAGAUAAAUUCAAUCCAAAUGCGUUCGCAAAUGGCAUGGGCCCUCCCUAUGGAGGAGCAUUUGGCGGGUCUAAGAUGUCUUACCCUUCUAACUCGGACUUCCAGUCUGGUUACUACGGGCCUGGAUAUGGCCGUGGAGGUGGGUUCCGGGGUCGUGGCCGUGGCUAUUUCCACGGCGGCCCCGGGCGUGCUGGAUUUGGAGGCCCUGGGCUGGCUCAUCUCUCUCACGGUAAUGCAGGACUUCCCACCCCACUGGCCUCCAGUACUGCAGCAGCCAGACCCGAUGGGACGUCUGCCGAGGAUCCCUCUCAGAUGAACGAAAAUUCCGGUGCUGACCCCGUAUCGGAUCCAAACACACACGACACCGAUGGUAAUCCCGAGGCGCCCAUCGAACCCACUGCUACAGAUAAUCCCAGCCAGCAGUUACAAGGAAUCCCCACCAUUGACAGCCUGGAUCAAGCCGCUGUAUCAACUGGACCCAGCAGCUACCAAGGGCACAUGGGCUCGGGAUACGGACGAGGCGGCUACAUGCGAGGCCCUGUUCCUGGAGGUCGCGGUGGUGGAUACUGGAAUGGAAUGCCUGGUGCGUAUCGCCCCCAGCCUGAGGUCAGAAAUCCUGGUGUGGAGGGUGCGCCCGCUGCACCCCGUGCAAUGCGACAAGGUCUGCCAAACACGAGUAUCUUUCGGCAACGCGGUUUCCAUAUUCAAGGACGGGCAUCGGCCAGCAGUAAUACACCGGCGCUGUCUCAGAGAGGGAACUCCGAAGCGCCCCAGGACGCCCCGCGAACUCGAUCUCCAUCUAAAGCUCCAUCCAAAGCUCCAUCACAGGCUCCUCGAGCAGGGUCGCGAUCUCGUUCACCCUCCCAGAGCCGGGCAUCUCGUGCUCACUCACCCCCUGGUGAUGACCGAGAAAGCUGCCGAGAGCCCGAUUCGAAGCAGAAUGACACCACUGGGGAAACCCAGGCUGACCGCCGCUCGCGCUCCCCCUCUCGGAUGUCCUCCCGUCGAUCGUCACGACGCAGGGAUCGCGACGGUGAGCGGGACCGAAAAAGUAGCCACCGUUCGCAUCGGUCUCGCCGUCACCGUAGCCGAAGCGAUAGUCGUGAUCGCAGUCCCGCCAGAAACGGCGACGGCCGUUUCCCUGAUCGCCAUACGCUAAUUGCCGAGGAAAAUGGACCCAAUGGCCACAGCAAGGCACCUUUAGACGCGGGCGAGCGCGCUGAUCUCGCCAGUCGCAUCAGCAGUAGUCACCGAUCUGGCAGGGACCGACCCAGUCGACGUGAAGACGAUCGAGAACGAGAUCGAACCCGAGACAGUCGACGUCGGGACCGAGACCGGGAGCGUGAUAAACGCGAUCGCGAUCGCGACCGGGACUCGGACCGUCGAGAUAGAGAGCACGACCGAGAUCGGGAGCGCGAUCAUGGCCGUGACCGAGAAAAAGAGCGCAAGCGCCGUCGCGACCGCUCCGAGUCCGCCAACGCCAUCAACCGCUCCUCUCAACCUCAAACGCGGCGUGUGAAACACAGUUGCGACGACCGGGAUCGCGACCUCCCCCGAGCUCCGCCCGCCAAGUCGGAACCCGAAAAGGAUCCAUAUACGCAGGAACGCGAGGCUCGCAACCGUGAACGCCUCCUCCGCGAACAACAAAACCGUGGCAGCGCAAAAUCAGGCAACACCAAGUCCGGCCAUCGCCGCGACAGCCGGCAGGAUCGCGCGGUGGGCGGCCGCCGCAUCAACUACAAAUACGAGGACGAGCUCUAG